AUGAAACAGGUAGUCAAAAGGAGGCAUGCUAUCAGGAUAAUCGCAGCAUUAGGAAUCAUAGGGCUGUGGAUGUUUUUCUCGUCUAAUAAACUAUCGAUCAAUACGCCAAGUCUAAUCAAGAUGCAAGGUGACACGAAGGAAGCACAAGACGCGGCUGCUGAGAAGAACGAUGCUCGGUUGAAAGAGAUCGAGAAGCAAACCAUCAUGCCACUGAUGGGUGACGAUAAGGUAAAGAAAGAAGUGGGUAGGGCGUCGUGGAAGUACUUCCACACGCUGCUGGCUCGUUUCCCCGAUAAGCCAACUCCAGAAGAAAGAGAGAAAUUGAGCACAUUUAUUGAGCUGUACGCAGAGCUAUAUCCAUGCGGCGAGUGCUCAUAUCACUUUGUAAAGCUGAUCAAGAAGCAUCCUGUACAGACGUCAAGUAGAACGGCGGCGGCUAUGUGGGGAUGCCACAUGCACAACAAGGUGAACGAGUACCUAAACAGAGACAUUUAUGACUGUGCUACUAUACUGGAAGACUACGAUUGCGGAUGCAGUGGCGAAGACGGCAAGCGGGUUACUGUCGAGAAGGAAGCGAAACAGCUCGGUUAA